GCUGCAAGAGGCAAAGAGAGAGAGAAAGAAGGUGUGAGGCUAGGAAGGGAGAAAGGGGAGUUGUAGGAGGAUGAAUAGAGGUGUAGGAAGGAGAAGAUAAGAGAGACAGAGAGGUGCAAGAGGCAAAGUGGGAGAAAGGGGAGGUGUAGGAUGCACAGUGUCUGUGACGGAAGGAGAAUGGAAGGAGUUGUAGGAGGCAGAGAGGGAGAAAGGGGAGGUGUUGGAUGCACAGAGUCUGUGUCCGAAGGAGAAUGGAAGGAGGUGUAGGAGGCAGAGAGGGGAGGUGUACGAUGCAAAGAGUCUGUGUCAGAAGGAGAAUGGAAGGAGGUUUAGGAGGCAGAGAGGGAGAAAGGGGAGGUGUAAGAUGCAAAGAGUCUGUGUCAGAAGGAGAAUGGAAGGAGGUGUAGGAGACAGAGAGGGAGAAAGGCGAGGUGUAGGAAGGAGCGAGAGGGGGUGUAAAAGGGGGAGAAAAGGGGUGUAGGAAAGCGCAAGAGGAGAUAUGGGAGAGAAAGGAGGAGCAGAGGGAGAGUGAGAUGACAGAAAGCUUCUAUACUUUAGUUUGAAAGUCACAGAAAAAGCUUACAGGAGACAACUUGAAAGGGCCUUGGUGGUAUAAAUACCCUGCUUUAAAUGGAUUAAAGAGGAACUAUACCGCCUGUCACACACACACACCCACACACACACACACACACACACACACAAACACACACAGGCAGGAGAUAGACUGAAUUCUGGUGAACUGAAACAGAGAGCGAGAAUCUUUCCCCUUCUGUUAUAUAUUAUAGUAACUUUAUCCUUUUUAUUUUUCACUUGCAUUGGCAAUGUAAACAAAUGCAUCCCGUGCCAAUAAAGCUCUUUAAGGUGACUGGCCUUGCGGAAGGCUUCUGAGCCAUGUAGCCAGUAUGUUGGACAGUGUUUAGGCUACAUGUGGGGGGGGGGGUAGUCUAUAGGCGGUUGAAUCUUUCUGAAAAAGGGCAUCCAGUCCAAUUCACACGUUUACAUCAGAACAUUUACAUACAUCUUGAGGCUGAAAGCGCAGCUCGUGCGCGCAUGCCCGCACACGUGCGUACAUACACUUCUAUCCGCACUCACUCUCUUAACGCGCGGAAGAAACACCAUUCCGCUGAGUGGCCGUUAUUAUUCUGGAGUGUUGGACUAGUCUGCUGGAUUGUUCCUCUCCUCCGUUCUCCAGGAUCUCCGCUGCGGACCAAAUUGGACAGAUGAUAAGUGGAGAACACGGUGAAGGACAGCAGACGCUCAGAGAGGUUAUUUUUACACAGGAAGACAAUAGACGUCCACAUCAUUGUCUGCAAUGCCGAUCUGAGAGAAUGAAGAAUUGAUGUUUGAUUACACUAGACAGAGUGAAACCCUGAGGAGGACUUCGAGCUGACAACCUGGUUCCAGUAUCUCCCUGGUCCUCCCGUCCCGGCACUAACCUAGGUAGCCUAUCAUCAGGAUGUAAUACGAGCCACUGCAACAUUAGCAUAUACAUGAAAAGAGACACAAGCUCCUGCGUGUGAACCAUGGGGCCUUCAGUCUUCAACCCCUGAAAAAUAUAACAUCUGAUGUGAGAAAGUGAAAGAGCCCAGAACAGAAUAUACUGUAACACUACAGAACAUCUUAUAACACCACAGAACAUCUUUUUAACACCACAUAACACACUCCAACGCCGCAGAAAAUAUUACAGUAGUGCAUAACCGAGGAUAACCACAGAACACUAAUGAACGCAGAUGAGGACUGAGGACAGAUGAUUCGUGCUUAUCUCUGGGGGGUUUGAGAACAAGGCCUGUAAUAGCAGAAACAUUUAAGAAUUGGAUUUAAUAUGGAUUAUCGUCACGCUCCUGAAGCCAGCGAGGCGGCGGACGCCUUCUCUUAAAUCCAAAAGGACUGUCAUCGUGCACGCUCUGUUUUGUCUGCAACACUGAGGUCCGUAGCAUUGACCGGUUGAUGCAUCGGCAACCCACCAGACCAGGCCGUCGGCUGCGUUAGCCAGCUAACAGACCGGACGGGGAUGCCGAUGGAGAGCCUGGAUGAACUGCAACAUCCGCUCCUGGGAGGGGAGAGCCCAGAGACCGACCCCCGGAGCCCGGUUACCACCUGCACCCCUAACGGCUUGUUCAAGGGCGUCCUGAUGAGGAGCGAGGGGGAUAAGACACUGCCACCGCUGGACAGGAGAGGGUACUGCGGGGGGCCAGGAGGACGGGCGGGACCCCAGCACCCACAGACCCAGCCACAGCUGUUACACCCCAGCUCCCUCCCCAGCGCCCCGUACCCCAACGCCCCCUUCUGGGGCCACCCCGACGCCCUCUGCCUGGCGAACAAGGACUACCUCGAGACGACAUUCGUGGACUUCCAUCCCGGCUCGUCUCUGGAGAGGAAGCUGCUGGCUGAGGCCCAGCAGGAAGUCAACUCUGUCUCCUACAGCCUGGAGGACGACGAGGACGACCUGCUGCCCGACUACGAGGACUCUUCCAGCGAUGACUUCAGCGACACAGAGAGCGACGGUAACUUCCCCCUGGUGAUUCCCCAGGACUACCUGGGCCUCGCCUUCUUCUCCAUGCUCUGCUGUUUCUGGCCACUGGGCAUCGCUGCCUUUUACCUGUCUCAGAAGACCAACAAGGCAUCUGCACAGGGGGACUUCCAGGGAGCGAGCGCUGCCUCCCGCCAUGCCCUGUGGCUCUCCGUCCUGUCCAUCCUGUUCGGGAUCAUCACGUACAUCUGUGCCAUCGCUGCUCUGAUCUCCUAUCUGUCCGGGAAACCCACGUAAAACCAGACUGGCGCCCCAGAACACACACACACACACACACCUGGAUUUAUGUUGAACACCACAGAGACGUAUCAUGGAAGAGCUGUGUGACACCACAAUCUGUCUACUUCAAUACAAUCGCACACAUUAAUCAUUACAGACGCUGUACAUUUCACCAGUAAUUAAUAUACGCCGCUAUGGCGUCGGGGAGGAACCGUCCCGGUGUCAGGGCCUCAGAGAGAACCCUGCUGCCUUCGUCCGCGACAAUCCCACUUAGUGAGAUGGCCCGAGAGAAACAGAUGAGAAGAAUGGAAUCGUGUGUCUGUGUGAAGGUCGCGACAAGUCCGAGGAGCAGAGGGAGGCAGCAAGACACUUCUGACGGCCACAGGGGGGCCAUGAGAGGAAUCCACGACCACGGGACGCCUGGUGCAGUGUUUCCUCUCAGGCCCAACAGCCAACCUCCUUCCCCAGGAUUCACGCAACCCAUUUUCAGAGAGGCAGGGAGGCUCUCAAUGUCACUCGGUACAGAACAUGACAAUAAAAUGUGACGGAAAAGUAAAAAAAGCAUGAUCAUUGGGGAAGCGAUGUGGUGAUGUUACAUGUGCAACUGAGCAAGACGUCUCAAAUAUAAGGUCAGAAUAUGGCCACUGGAACUUAACUGGCUGAUAUGUAGGCAGCACAGAGGAGUAGGGAGUGGUCACUCUGCAGAGAGGAGUCACUCUGUAGAGAGGGGUAGAGAGGAGUUGCUCAGUAGAGAGGAGUCACUCUCCAGAGAGGAGUAGGGAGGUGUCACGCGGCAGAGAGGAGUAGAGAGGAAUCACUGCAGAGCAGGGUAGAGGAGAGAGACACUCGCCAGAGAAGUGUAGAGGAGAGUCAGUAGAGAGAA